GCCACAGAGUGGGAAUAGAGUUGCCACCUCUGAGGUAGAAAUGACAACGGGGCAUCUGAACUGAAGGGCCCUUGUUAAAAGUUUGAACCCUGUAGAGACCCUAGUCAAACAAUAGGGUGUUGCAGCUAUCUUAAAUAAAGAUACUCUGCACCAUGACAAGUGAAACUGAGGCAAGUGAAAGACAAAAUGUGUCUAGAAACUAUGAAGAUGAGUCUUUUGAGUCGUGGCCAAUUUCCAACAACAGCAGCACUGUGAAAUAUCCUGGAGACUCGCUUGAUCCCUGCUCUGUUGAAUCUGAAAGGGCAGAGAGUUACAGCAGCAGUGAGUCAUUCGAAUCAUACUGCUCUCAUGAGGAGUUCAGUCCACAGACUGAGAGUAGAUCAGCUUCCUCUGUAAAGGAAUACCAAGAUGAGGAGUCUGAGUCCUGUGACGAUGCAGGGAUCACAGCAGAGGAAGAGCUUGCAGAAAAAUGGAUGCGAGUUCUGAAGCAUAAAGAUUCCUUUUCGACUGUGACCCAGGCAAGGAGAUCAAACGCUCCUCCCCAAAGAGAUGUUCCAGAGCUUUUCCCUGAAGAGUCGAAAGCUGUGAAAUCUUAUUGCAGGGAGAAGAUCAGGAAAAUGAGACGUUGGCAGAAACGAUCUGAGUGCUGCAGGCACAGGGAGCAGCAGCAGUCUCUACCAGGUUCAGAGCAGCAAGAGACAACAUUAAACUGCAGGAUCCCUGAGGAACUAGUUACCAGGUUACAACUAAAACACAUCAUGAAGAUAGUGAAGCAGGCAACAGAAGUGGAGAUACACCAGCCGUCAAUGUGCAGUGCCUGUCUGUCUAAAAGAGCAGAACUAGCGAGAGAGAGCUUUAUUCAAAUAAAGAAGACCCAACUAGAGUCUGUAUUGCUGCAAGAGAAGCUUGAAGAAAAUCUCUACAACAGAGUAUGUUCUCAGUGUUACAGCCCCACAGAUCCUAUCUGCCUGGUCGGAGAAGUACUGAAAGACCUUCCGAAACUUUCUGAUGACCCCAGCAAGAUCUGGCAUGCCCUGAUCAAAAAGGAGCAAGUGGCGUGAUGCUAAAGAACGGUUACGUGUUUGAAACAAACAGCUCUUUGGCAACCAUUCCAUUCACUGCAUUAAAGAAUGAGAACAACGUCUAUUUGUACUAAUUUGCACAUCAACCCUGCCCAAGACCUGCAGCCUGGUAAACAAAGAAACCAGCAAGGCUUCUUCAGGACAGUACUACAAUACUUGUAUGUGUUGCAAAGACAAUUUCUUAAACAUGUUUUUUAUGCUAAAAGUUUUGAAACUUCAAGUUGGAGUUUUAUUUCCAUUGCUGUACUUUAAUGAGCUUUGUGAGCACUGUGCACAUGUCAGAGGGUUUGUUUUAGAAUUUCUGAUGCAGCUGCUUAAACUUUCAGCAGGUUAUUUGAUUAAGAACAUUGCCUUUAUAAAAGGUGCCUAAAUAUAGCUCUAAAUGGGAUGGUCUCCUAAAGUUAAUGCUGUCAUGUAAUGAAACCCAGUGAAGCUACAAAUGUAUUUAGUGUAAUCUUUAAUGGACCUUAGAUGGUGAAUCUGAACCUAAAAUAAGUUAAUAAUGGAUUUUGAGACAGUGCAUUAAAGUAUCGGGCCCGUAUAAUGAAAUAAUAAAGUUGCACGAUGGCUUGUUUAUUU